CAGGUUCUUCCUUAAAUUGCCACUUCAAAUUUUCAAAAGGUGACAAAUAAUAUGUCACUUCCUCCAGUAGGCUUGCAUUUUUUCAGCUGAACUGAUUGAUUAUUAAGUUCAAGACUUGUUGCAAUGGCAGUUCACAAUCCAUGUUAGCAGCUGAAGUGGGGAAGAUAUUGGCCUCUGCUGCAUCCUUCCCUUUGGACAUCUUUGUUGGUUUAAGGAUCCUGACCAGAAAUUUAUCAACAGUGCAUUGCACAUCUACAAGCCAACAUGUGUAGCUUGAAGGAUUCACUGCGUUUUUGCAUUAUUUGACUCGUUUAUUUCUAUUGAAAGUUAAGCUUAAAAGUUUCACGUUUAAAUUCUUGAUUAAAACAGUUCUGGUGAAGAUGGACAUGGAAAUGGACUGCAGCUCAGAGGAUGGGAUAGAUCUUUGUGAGGUUCGACGUUCAAGAGCUUGUAAAUCUUCCGUCUCAAGUUGCCCUGGUGCUUCAUUGCCCAAGAAGAAGAAAGUGGAUAAAAAUGAGGACUUGAAUGUAGAAGAAAUCUACAGGCAGCUAAAAGAAGUCAAGACCCGAUGCACCUCCCUGGAGACCAUCUAUGAGUAUCCCAAGAAUUCCAAAGAUCCCAGAAAGUGUUUGAUGAGCGCCAUGAGGACAAGGAGGUCAUGUAUGCUCUCUGAUUACUAUAAUCCCAGCAAAGUGAAGAUAAAAGCUCGCAAGGAGCGUGCCAAGAGGCUCAAGAGGCGCGGUGUCAAGGUGCCCACUGGAGCUGAGGUUACCACUGAGCAGCUAGAGGCCAUCUUAAAUAAAAUCUCAGAUGAUGAGGAGAAUAUUAGCAACAACAGUGAAGUGGUUGGUAAUAAUGCCAGUUUCAAUUUCUUUACCAACAAAGAGGUUAAACUGACUGCCAUUAAGCAUGUACCAUUAGUUCAGGGUUCCUUUAGCAUGCCUGAACUUUGUUUUGAAGAUAACAGCCCUGCCCCUACUCUUCCCAUGCAAGAUGAAAUUCAUGAGGCCAGUCUAGGUAUAACUGACGAAUCUGAAGAAAUAAUUGAGAAGCCUCGUCGUAGGAAAGGCCGGCGGUCUGGAUGUGGGAAGGAUUUAUUUCCUCCUUCUUACUGCACGUCUAAAGUUUUUUCAGAGUUAGUAGAUUUGAAGGAAGAAAAUAUGCAGGAAAUUGUGGACAAACCGAUUACCAAUAACUUAGCUAUGGUCGAGGAGCGGUCUGAAGAGUUGGAUGUAUUAGAAGCUUGCAGCCCGGAAAACAAAAUCCCCUUUUGUGUUCAGAGUGACGGUAUUGAGGUUUCUAUUCAUAAAAAAAGUUACUGCUCAACCCGCACUGGCACAGUUGAACUCAGUAUGGAUUUACCAGCUGCCAAGAAAGAUUCCUGUCAUGGCUUGUUGGCUUCAAGUGGCGUUGGCACCAGAAGAUCAAAAAGAAGAGCAUCUGGUGUGUGCAAAUCUCUUUAUGGUUUACUGUCAAGCUGCUCAUUGGAUUCAAUGAAUGAUAAUAAUCACUCAGAUGACUCUGGCAAAUCCCCAAGCAGUUCUCUGGAGGCGAGUUCGUCAACGUGCAGCGAGGCCUCAAAAGGAGUUGAGAACCCCACACCAGUCUUGCCUAGUGCUGUCAAGCCAAAAAACCGCAAACGCAAGUUUGAUAGCCACGAAACCACCGUGCUGCUCUCUGGUCAACUGCAGACACUCACUGUGUUUGAUGAUGUUGGUCAAGUGCCUGUUGGUGAAGUCAACAAUGAGCUAGGCCAAGUAUUUAAAGAUAGGGAUGGCAACACGGACAACAUCAACCAAUCAGAAGUGGUAACUGGAGGAGAAUCUAGGAAGAAAAUCCAGUCAAGGCGUCGGAGAUCGCUUCGCCUUAUGCAAACAGGACGGGUGAUUUAUCAUGAUACAGAUUUAUCCCCUUGUGAUGUGCUCUCUACCAGUUUUCAACCCUCUGCAGAGACAACCAGUCAAGUUAGCUCUACUGGAGUCUUAAGUAAUUCAGAUAUUCUUGAAGAAAUCGGUAUAAAUGAUUCCUGUCAAAAUUUAAAUCAGCAAAAAUUGUCAAAUAUUCCGAAAAUCAGCACGAAACGCGGAAAAACAUCAAAAUUAAACAAAAAACGCCUCUUGGAUAAGUGCAAACCUGACGGUAAGCCAGCGCCUGUCGCACUUGAAGGCAGAAAGAGAUCAUGUCAACAGCCUUCUCCACAGCACGUUGGCCAGCCUCCUGUGAACUGUAACCUGGCCGAUACAAGUGUGCUUCCUGAUAAUAAUCCUGAUCUAUCCCAGCUUACUGUUCCUGUUUCAUCCACACUCAAUCAUAAUCCCGAACCGUCUAAGGUUUCUAACCAGGAUUCAACAAGACAUAAUCAUAAUGUUUCUUCUAGACCAAAGAGGCGCAGAAGUGUGGCUAAAUUGAGCGCCGCUUUGGGUCACUUGACUGUGGGCAGGAAUGAGAGCAGUGAAGUCGUCCUUUCCAGCAGUUUAUCUGGCCUUCAAUUGGACCCUGAAGUUCAGUUGUCAAAAACUCGGCAUCCAAAACGUUUCUUCAACAACAGCAAUGACGUCGGCCUUGUUGUACCUCCAGCUGAGGUCAUCCCAGCACACGUUUUUCACGAGGACUUGAAUAGUGAUUCUAAUGACAGUCCUCGUGAUAGAGCAAUGGCCAUGAAAAAAAGUCCUGAUGUGUCGGAGCUUGAUUUGGGCUCUAGCAAGGAGCCGCAUUCAUCUCCAAAGAAAGAAGACUGGCACAUUUCACUGACUGGUACAGAAUCUAAUGCUUUGGGGUCAAGUGGAAAAUGCGUAUCAACUACAGAACAGUCGUCACCACCCACUAAAUCAUUGUCAAGGCACCUUGAACCAUCUUCACGGCACAAAAAAUAUUUGCUAUUGCAAUCAAAGUCUUCAGUACCGAUCGCUGAAUCAUCGGUACAACAUGCAGAAUCUUCUCUGCCCAUCAAAGCUUCGCCAUCUCUCCCUCAAUCGUCACAAUCACUCCGACAAUCGUCACCAUCUCUCGCUCAAUCGUCACUAUCUCUCGCUCAACCAUCACAGGCUCUCCCUCAAUCGUCACCACCUUUCCAACAAUUAUCACCAUCUCUCCAACAAUCGUCACCAUCUCUCCAACAAUCGUCACCACCUCUUCCACAAUCGUCACCAUCUCUCCCUCAAUCGUCACAAUCUAUCCCUCUAUCGGCACAAUCUCUCCCUCAACCAUCACAAUCUCUCCCUCUAUUGGCACAAUCUCUCCCUCAAUCGUCGCAAUCUCUCCCUCAACCACAAUCUCUCCCUCAACCAUCACAAUCUCUCCCUCUAUCGGCACAAUCUCUCCCUCAACCAUCACAAUCUCUCCCUCUAUCGUCACAAUCUCUCCCUCAAUCGUCACAAUCUCUCCUGCAAUUGUCACCUUUUCGCUCAGGCGACAAGCCACUCAACUUGAACGCUGACUCGCCUCUGGUGAGUGCAAUGUUCAGUAACUCAUUGGCUGUUCAUGCGGGCAAAGUUUUCCCAAAUCGCAAACUGAGCAAGUCUGCAAAAACAUCGCAAAAGAAGCUGCUUGCCAAAUUUAAAGUUCUUCCACACUAAACUUGUCGUCUUACUUGUCAUUUUUGUCGUACAAUAAAAUUUGAGGCAGCAAUUAGCUCGUUAUUUUGGUCGUAUAAUAAAAUAUGAGUCAGCAAUUAACUCGUUAUUUUAAUCGUACGAUAAAAUUUGAGGAUCUGAAGCGCUAGUAAAUCUUUUACUACUACUACUACUACUACUUGAGGAAAAAUUGUAAUCGUUUCAUUUUUUUAACUAAUGGAUGUUAAAGGCGCGAUGUUCUGAUAAUCGAUGCGUUACCAAUUGUUAUAUUUAUUUGUGUUUCAUUUCUUUAUUGUCGGCUGAUCUUUUUGACAGCUGUGUCAAUCUUUUUUACAGAGGUUGACAAUCUACUUCUUGCUUUUAUAUUUGGAUAUAAUAGGAUAAGCCGGUUUCUAAGAAUAAAUAAAGGCAUCGUUUGUA